CUUGGUGACAUCAUUGGAGACGAGGGAUCCUGAAAAAUGACUCCAGUGUUGGUGUGACGACAGUAACCAGCAAGUAUAAAAGCUGAGACGGAACGUUAUCUGCUCACACCUGUAGCCUUGGCCUUUACGGGUCAGUCAGCGCAACGAAAGGCUGAGAGAAACAUACAGAGGUUCAGUACAGAGGCGCAGAGAGAGGAGGAUUUGGAUACUUCUCAGACGCCCACUAACUUACCAUGAAGUCGACAUGUCUGCUCAUCUGGGCUUCUCUAGUGGUUUGGAACUUGUCUAUGUGUGGAGCACAGGGUCCCCCCGAUGAUGACAUGGAUCGGGUGACCAUAGACGACAUAAUCCUACAAAGAGCAGAAAGUCUCCUGUUAAGGUCCAUUCUCAAUAAGAUACAGGAGGAGGACGGCAGAAACGAGGGGUCUUCCUUUCAGUCGGCAUGGGUGUCCAAACGACAGCAUCCCGGCAAGAGGUACGUCGAAGAGUUGGAGAAGCGGCAGCAUCCGGGGAGGAGAGCAGAAGACGAGGUGGAUGAACAGUACUUAGAUGUUCAGAGGAGACAGCACCCGGGCAAACGCGAAGACGAAAUGCAGUCGUUCAUUGAGUUCCAGAAAAGGCAGCACCCCGGAAAGCGUUCCACUUCUGGACACAUUUUAGAAAACCCAUCAAUGCUCCUGAGUGAACUUUCAAAGCGACAGCACCCGGGCAAGCGCUACCUGGUGCUGCACAACAAACGCCAGCACCCAGGUAAGCGCCAUCCCGAGGAUGAGGACAGUGAGGGAGACUGGGAUGCAGAUACGGAUGGAGACGAAGACCUAGCUGAGUUGGAAAAGCGGCAGCACCCAGGAAAACGGUUUUGGGAUAACUCCAGUCCGGAUAUGGGCACAGACAGUCCGUGUGAUGUAUUAGAACCUACGAGCUGCAGCAAGACCAGUUUGCUGCUCGACUUUUUAGACAACAUUAACAAGAGCCAUGCCGAGGAGAAGAGACAACACCCGGGUAAACGGUUUGCACCCGAGGAGGAUUUAGUGGAAAGGGAAUAGGUCACUAAAGACCGAUGUGCGUUACUGCUGUAUUGUAAACUAAUAAAUGUGUAAAUGAUGUGACCAUUAUGAUUAUUAAAAUGAAAAAUAACUUACAUCAUUUAACCUCUCGUGCAACGGUUUUGCUUUGACAGACAGUAACUCUUUUUGCGUCAAACCUGUAUCUGCUGUAUGUUUCUUUGGAGAGCUUGUGCGUAAAUGUCCUCCAAAGUGAGUAUAUCGAUGUAAAUAAGAUUCUCAAAAGAGUGCUCGCACUAUGUUGACUUUUAUUCACGGAUUAUGAUUUCUAUCAGAUAUGAUUGUAUCCGUUGAUUUAACCACUCCUGUUAAAGAUCAUGAAGUCCAAAUUGAAAGUAAUAGCCCUCUUGGUUUUGUGAUGCCGCCUCCGUGAGGCAACGCACGCCCGUAUGAACGGAACAUGUUCCAAAUUCAAGACAUCAAAGUGGCCAGCGUUCGCAGUUACGCACAGAAAAUCUCCAGAGUUUGAUUUUUGUUUCAUUCUUGUCUACUCCCAUAAAAUGUAAUGACUCUCACAGCAAA